CUUAUCAGGACUGCUAAACAUAUUCUCACCAGGACUGCUAAACAUAUUCUCACCAUGACUGUUAAACAUAUUCUCACCAGGAUUGCUAAACAUGUCCACACCAGGACUGCUAAACAUAUUCUUACCAGGACUGCUAAACAUGUCCACACCAGGACUGCUAAACAUAUUCUCACCAGGACUGCUAAACAUGUCCACACCAGGACUGCUAAACAUAUUCUUACCAGGACUGCUAAACAUGUCCACACCAGGACUGCUAAACAUAUUCUCACCAGGACUGCUAUACAUGUCCACACCAGGACUGCUUAA